AGGGCUGUUGUUUUCACUUCCCCUUGGGAAAGUAGGGUGGGGGAAUCCGAAAGCCUUUCUACGGAGAUUGAGAGUUUCUCCUGCUUUGAGCUGGAGAAAGAAACCGCUGCAAGAGCAAGUGUGGUUUUUUUUGUAUAUACAUAUGUGUGUGUGGUACAUAAUUGCAAUAGGAGGCGGAGGCAGAAGGGCUCUUUGCAUUGGGGAAUCCAAGAGGAGAGGGGAGGAGGCUGAGGAGGGGAUGUGUUCCUGCGCCUCUGCGCUCUCUCAGGAGGAGGAGGAAGGAAGGAAGGAAGGAGGAAGGAAGGAAGGAAGGAGUUGGAAAAGCGAGGAGAAUCGCUGGAAUGGCAGCAGCCUUUUGCACUGAGGAGGCAUGGAGGAACGUGUCCCCCCCUUUUUUUUUCUUGUCUCGGCAAGGAGCUGAGGGCGAAGUAGCCCUUUAAAGAAACAAAUUGGUUUUUUUGUUGUUGUUUCAGCUUCUUCCUGGUGGUUCCGUCGCGUUUUAUUUUGUUAUUCCUCCCUCUCUCUCGCUCUCCCACCCCCCCCCCCCCGAAAGUAUGAGAGGGCGGCAGAGGUAUUGCUGCUCUCUUCAGCCUUCCUCUCCUUCCCCGCCGCGGCCACCACUACCAGCACCUCCUUCUCCUCCCCGCCGGUGAGAGCCAGAGGAGAGAAGAUGGGCGCCGUCCUGAGGAGCCUUCUGGUCUGCGGUUUAUGUUCCCUGGCGAGAGCUUUUCCACUGUUGCUAUAUGCAAAUCGGCGUGAUCUACGAUUGGUGGAUGCUGCACAGGUCAAUGAGAAUGCUACAGUUGUGGUGGGUGGCUUGGAAGAUGCAGCUGCAGUGGACUUUGUAUUCAUCCAUAGCUUGAUAUACUGGAGUGAUGUAAGUGAAGAAGCCAUUAAGCGAACAGAAUUCAACAAAACAGGGAGUGUACAAAAUGUGGUUAUUUCUGGGCUUUUGUCACCUGAUGGGCUAGCUUGUGAUUGGCUGGGUGAAAAACUGUACUGGACAGAUUCUGAAACGAACCGGAUUGAAGUUUCCAAUUUAGAUGGAUCUUUGCGAAAAGUUUUAUUCUGGCAAGAUUUGGAUCAACCCAGAGCAAUUGCCUUAGAUCCUGCAAGAGGGUUUAUGUAUUGGACAGACUGGGGAGAAGUGCCAAAGAUAGAGCGUGCUGGAAUGGAUGGUUCAGGUCGAUCAGUUAUAAUAAAUGCAGACAUUUAUUGGCCUAAUGGAUUGACCUUGGAUUAUGAAGAACAGAAGCUCUAUUGGGCAGACGCUAAACUGAACUUCAUUCACAGAUCAAAUCUGGAUGGAACACAUCGGCAAGCUGUCAUUAAAGGAUCCCUUCCACAUCCUUUUGCUCUGACAUUAUUUGGGGAUACGCUGUACUGGACUGACUGGACCACUCGCUCUGUCUUGGCCUGCAACAAAUACACUGGGGAGAACCUGCGUGAAAUACAUUCCAACAUCUUUUCUCCCAUGGAUAUCCAUGUGUUCAGUCAACAGCGGCAACCCAGUGCUGCAAACCCGUGUGGAACCAAUAACGGUGGUUGCUCCCAUUUGUGUUUGAUGUCUCCUGUCAAGCCCUCUUUCCAGUGUGCAUGUCCCACAGGUGUGAAACUCCUUGAGAAUGAAAAGACCUGCAAAGAUGGUGCCAUGGCGUUGCUGCUAUUAGCCCGGAGGACUGAUUUGAGGCGGAUAUCACUGGACACUCCAGAUUUCACUGAUAUUGUUUUACAACUGGAAGAUAUUAGGCAUGCCAUUGCUAUUGACUUUGAUCCUGUAGAAGGGUACAUCUACUGGACAGAUGAUGAGGUGAGGGCCAUCCGGCGCUCUUUCAUUGAUGGGUCGGCUAGCGAGUUUAUUGUCCAAGCACAAAUUGCACAUCCUGAUGGCAUCGCUGUGGAUUGGAUUGCCCGUAAUCUUUAUUGGACUGAUACUGGUACGGAUCGUAUUGAAGUAACAAGGCUUAAUGGAACUAUGAGGAAGAUCUUGAUCUCAGAAGACUUAGAAGAACCUAGAGCUAUAGUUUUGGAUCCCAUGAUUGGCUACAUGUACUGGACUGAUUGGGGAGAGAAUGCAAAGAUUGAGAGAGCUGCAUUAGAUGGAUCAGACAGAGUUGUGUUGGUGAAUACUUCACUUGGUUGGCCAAAUGGACUGGCACUGGAUUAUGUUGAAAACAAAAUAUACUGGGGAGAUGCCAAAACGGACAAAAUUGAGGUCAUGAACACAGAUGGAACCAGUAGGAGAGUCCUUGUGGAGGAUAAGCUCCCUCAUAUCUUUGGUUUCACGUUGUUGGGGGACUAUAUUUAUUGGACAGACUGGCAAAGGCGAAGCAUUGAGCGAGUUCAUAAGCGGACAGCAGAAAGAGAAAUCAUCAUAGAUCAGCUGCCUGAUCUCAUGGGUCUGAAGGCUGCAAAUGUCCACCAGAUACUCGGUACAAAUCCUUGUGCAGAAUCCAAUGGGGGCUGCAGCCACCUUUGCCUGUACAGGCCUCAGGGUUUGCGCUGUGCCUGUCCCAUAGGGCUGGAGCUUAUAAGUGACAUGAAGACCUGCAUAGUCCCAGAAGCUUUCCUGCUGUUUUCCCGUAGAGCAGAUAUCAGGCGUAUCUCUCUGGAGACUAACAACAACAAUGUUGCCAUCCCACUCCAAGGAGUUAAAGAAGCUUCUGCUCUGGAUUUUGAUGUGACUGACAAUCGCAUAUAUUGGACAGACAUCUCAUUAAAGACCAUCAGCAGAGCAUUCAUGAAUGGUAGUGCCCUGGAGCAUGUAGUUGAGUUUGGAUUGGAUUACCCAGAAGGAAUGGCUGUGGAUUGGCUUGGGAAGAACUUGUAUUGGGCCGAUACUGGAACAAAUCGUAUUGAAGUGUCAAAGUUAGAUGGACAGCAUCGCCAGGUUCUAGUGUGGAAGGAUCUGGAUAGUCCUCGGGCAUUGGCAUUAGAUCCUGCUGAAGGCUUCAUGUACUGGACAGAAUGGGGUGGAAAGCCCAAAAUUGACAGAGCUGCCAUGGAUGGUAGUGAACGUACAACGCUGGUGCCAAAUGUGGGACGGGCUAAUGGGCUGACAAUCGAUUAUGCUAAAAGAAGGCUGUAUUGGACCGAUCUGGAUACCAAUCUUAUUGAAUCUUCAAAUAUGUUAGGUCUUGACCGUGAUGUUAUAGCAGAUGACUUGCCUCAUCCAUUUGGUCUGACUCAGUAUCAGGAUUACAUCUAUUGGACAGACUGGAGCCGGCGAAGCAUUGAACGUGCCAACAAGACCAGUGGCCAAAACAGAACUGUCAUCCAAAACCAUUUGGAUUAUGUGAUGGAUAUCCUAGUAUUCCAUUCAUCCCGGCAAGCAGGCUGGAAUGAGUGCGCUUCCAGUAAUGGGCAUUGUUCCCACCUCUGCUUGGCAGUGCCUGUUGGUGGUUUUGUCUGCGGAUGUCCAGCUCACUAUUCCUUGAACUCUGACAACAGAACAUGUAGUGCCCCUACAAGUUUCUUGCUCUUCAGCCAGAAGAAUGCAAUCAAUCGCAUGGUGAUAGAUGAACAGCAGAGUCCAGAUAUCAUCCUUCCAAUCCACAGCCUCAGGAAUGUCCGAGCCAUUGACUAUGACCCUGUGGACAAACAACUGUACUGGAUUGACUCUCGGCAAAAUAUUAUCAGGAGGUCACAGGAGGAUGGCAGUCAGAGCUUUACAGUUGUGAUAAGUCCAGUUCCAAAUCAGAACUUAGACAUACAGCCCUAUGAUCUGAGCAUUGAUAUUUACAGCCGUUAUAUUUAUUGGACUUGUGAAGCCACAAAUGUAAUCAAUGUUACACGCCUGGAUGGAAGGCAGAUGGGAGUGGUACUGAAAGGUGAUCAAGAUAGGCCCAGAGCAAUUGUUGUGAACCCAGAGAAGGGGUACAUGUAUUUCACCAAUCUUCAGGAGAGGUCUCCUCCAAAAAUAGAAAGGGCAGCAUUAGAUGGAACUGAACGUGAGGUCCUAUUUUCCAGUGGGUUGAGCAAGCCUAUAGCCUUGGCAAUUGACAAUCAUUUGGGGAAGCUAUUCUGGGUAGAUUUUGACCUUCGGAAGAUUGAGAGCAGUGACCUUUCAGGUGCCAAUCGGAUAGUUUUAGAAGAUACCAACAUACUGCAGCCAGUAGGGCUGACUGUGUUUGAAAACUGGCUCUACUGGAUUGAUAGACAUCAACAGAUGAUUGAAAAAAUAGACACAACUCUUCGAGAGGGACGUAUGAAAGUUCAGGCUCGUAUUACCCAACUCAGCGAUAUCCAUGCUGUUAAAGAACUUAACAUGCAGGAAUAUAGACAGCACCCCUGUUCCCAAGAUAAUGGUGGUUGUUCACAUAUUUGUAUUGUGAAAGGUGAUGGAACCACGCGUUGUUCCUGCCCAGUGCAUCUGGUCCUGCUUCAGGAUGAACUUUCUUGUGGAGAACCGCCAACAUGCUCUCCUCAGCACUUCACAUGUUUCACAGGGGAGAUUGACUGCAUACCUGUAGCUUGGCGUUGUGAUGGGUUCACGGAAUGUGAAGAUGCUAGCGAUGAGAGGAACUGCCCCAUGUGCUCAGAGUCCCAGUUCCAGUGUGAGAGCGGGCAGUGCAUUGAUAGUACCCUUCUGUGCAACGGAGAAGCAAACUGCCAGGAUAGCUCAGAUGAAAAGAAAUGUGAAGUGCUCUGUUUAACAGAUCAGUUCCGAUGUGCCAGUGGGCAGUGCAUUGGGAAAAACAAGAAAUGUGACCAUAACUUUGACUGCAGUGAUAGCUCUGAUGAACAGGGAUGCUACACAACAGAGGAACCAGCCCCUCAAGCCACCAAUACUAUAGGUUCUGUCAUUGGUGUGAUUCUCACAGUUUUUUUGGUUGGCGCUAUGUACUUUGUUUGCCAGAGGAUAUUGUGUCGGCGCAUGAAAGGGGAUGGAGAAACAAUGACUAAUGACUAUGUUGCACAUGGACCAGCUUCUGUUCCUCUAGGCUAUGUGCCUCAUCCAAGCUCUCUCUCUGGAUCUCUUCCUGGAAUGUCCCGUGGCAAAUCUGUGAUCAGCUCACUCAGUAUUAUGGGUGGAAGUAGUGGACCUCCAUAUGAUAGGGCCCACGUUACUGGGGCAUCAUCUAGUAGUUCUUCAAGUACAAAGGGCACAUACUUCCCUCCAAUUUUGAACCCUCCUCCAUCACCAGCUACUGAGCGUUCACAUUAUACUAUGGAAUUUGGUUAUUCUUCCAAUAGCCCUUCUACCCAUCGAUCAUACAGGCCAUACAGCUACCGGCAUUUUGCCCCUCCCACUACACCAUGUAGCACGGAUGUUUGUGACAGUGACUAUGCCCCCAGCCGUAGGAUGAGGACAACAGUGGGCAAGGGUUACACCAGUGAUUUGAACUAUGAUUCAGAGCCUGUACCCCCACCACCAACACCACGGAGCCAGUACUUAUCGGCAGAGGAGAACUAUGAGAGCUGUCCACCAUCUCCAUACACAGAACGGAGUUAUUCCCAUCACCUCUAUCCACCACCCCCUUCUCCUUGCACGGACUCCUCAUGAGAGACUCCCUCCCUCCUUUGACUGCCUCUAACCCACCAGUGUAAAUACGAAUUGUCUUUAUUGAGAGGGGGGAGGACAAGAGGCAGGAUAUAGUGUGUACAGCUAAAAGUUGUUAAAUGGGGGUGGGGGGACAUCAGAGAUAACUUGUACAGAAAGGGGCUGGGGAGAGAAAAGGUUAUUUAUAUAUUUUCCUAAAACAGAGUUUGCUGCUUUGUGCCAUAAGAAAACUUUAAAAUUUGUAUACAAAGUUUUUUUUAAUUAUUUUUCAAAAUGGAACACAAGAAGAUGCCUUAAAUUAGUGAAGUGACUGAGCAAAUAGGGAAAUGGAAGGACCGGAUUGUGUUGCUGUUCAGUGAGCCAAAUACCAAAAAAAACAAAAGAAUGCUUUUUGACAAGGAAAAGAACUAAAGGAACCUAUCAUAAGGCAGCAUAUAUAAAUAUUUGCAAAGAGCUGAAUAACCUCUGGCAUUUACCCUAAUGGGCCAGCAAUUCAAAUUAAACUUGAAGAAAUCUGAUAGGUAACGGUACACUAACUGGACAAAUAACUAAUGGUACAUAAAGGGCUUUGUUCUCAACAGUGAAAACAUUGAUGCUUACAGACUUUUUUAAAAAAUAGCAACUUUUUGUUUAAUUCAUAUUGUCUGAAGUAGCCAAGCUGCAUCAUUUUUACAUUUGUUUGUCCUUUUGUAGAUGUUCUGUCAUUUUGUUGGCUGUGGUUGUGUAUUAAGGCUGUGGUGUUAGUUUUUCAUUUUAAUGUGUGUAUUUAGUAAACUUUUGCGGCUGAUUACUUGGCCCCACAAUAUUUUCCCCAUAGGAGAAUAAAGAGUGGGCUGGGGCUUGGUUACUCCUUCCCUGAUGCCUCCCUGUUCUAUCUUGCAGGGUCAGGAAGAUCCUGCAUUCAAAUAAGUGUAGGAUCUCCUGAUCUCUUUGUUACCUUCUAUCUACAGUGGGAGAAGCAUGAGAGGGAGUGUGCAAACUUGAGGAUUGCUUCCAGUCUAUCCACAAGUAAAAUCUUGGAGACCAACUAAAGAAUGAAUGGGCCUUUUGUGAAUAUGUGUGUGCGUGUGCAUGUGUGUGAGAAGAGUCUUUUUUUUCCUGCCAGUACAAUAGGAUUAUGUUCUUCCACCAGGUCAGUGCUAUUUCCAUGAUAAUGACAAGGGUAAUUGUACCUGAAGAAUUUUUUCUUCCAGCUCUUCAAAAAUGUUUCAGUGCCCAAAAAAGUUGUCAUAUUUUUAUACUACAUAAUUGAUUAUGAUGAUGAUGAUAUAGAUGGCAUAUUUAUAAACUUUAAAAUUAACUUUGAAUUCUUAGUUUUAAUGUAAAUGAAAUAUUAUAUACUUGCAGUACUUUAAGUGUACAGUGAAUAUCACAGCAUACAAUUCAUACAUAUAUAUAUUAAAAAUACUAUUUUUCUUUAUUAGGAAACAUUUAUACUUUUUUCAUUCAGGAUGCACUCUGGACUCCUAUGUUGUUUGAAACACUUCUCCUUCCUGUUGGUACAGUGUUGAAGUUAAAUAAGCCAGUCUUUGCAGUUUGACUUCUGCUUCCUCUUUUGUGGCAGAAAUUCCUUAAGCAUAAACCACUGUGAAUAUCAGUUUUUUUACCAUUAUUCUUUGCAAAAAUAUUUUGUUACCAUUAUAUAUUUUAUUUCAUUUUGUCUACAACCUUUCACUGAUUUGAAAGGAAUGACAGGUCUUCAUUUAUGACAGCUUUACAUACUAGCAAGAAAUCAACAUGUGAAAACUUUCCUAAGUUCAGACUUUUGAACUUGGUGACUAUCAUGUGGAGGGUACAGACAACUGUCCAAUUAUAAUACACUGAUUCUGCGCACAUCAGGAAAUGUCAUUACCUUCACUAAGAGCUGCUUCAUAUAUUAUUCAGAAAUCACGUUAUGAUUUCACCUGCAUUACAACAUUGUUUGCUGAACUAAACAUGUAAAGAAUGAAAUCGAGAUGUGUGUCUAAGGAAACUUCAUGCAGUAGCCGCUCUGUGAAAAAUAUUGGAGGCUGAAUUGCUGGUGGGAAGUGACUCUUCAGUGGUGUUUAUAUCUUUGAAUGUAUACCAUUCUGACUAGGAGUUAGCAUAUAUAAACUUGCACUAGGGAAUUCAGAAUAGUGCACUACUUUAUCUCAAUCUAAACGUUUGUACUGUGUUGGCAACAAUCUUUUAUUCUUGCAAAGUGUGUAUUUGUGCCAAUUUCUCUGACAAGGUGGUUGAGCUUAUGUUAUACUGUAGUAUCUUCUUUCAGUGACAAUAGCCAGAAUUCCUUGCCUCCUGAGCAAAUUCAUUCAGAAGAAUCAGCUCAUUGCUUUUGGUUGACAGAUAGCUGUAUAAUUUUAGUGGUGAACACACUAGAAAGAAAGCUGCUAAUGUUGACUUAUACCAAAUGCUGCUUUGAUUCAAGCAAAGGGUAAACUGUUUAGCAUCUGUGUAGGUCAACAGUUGUACAUUAAAACAAUCCUGAGGUCACUUUGUAUUUGAGAAUGAGCAGAUAUGCUAAGAGUUCAAUGAAAUUGUCUCCUGGGUGCUCGGCUUGUAGGCUUGAAUUGCACAAUUUCCUCCACCCCUGUGGAGUGCGAUCUCUUGACUUUAACUUGUUCUGUUCUUCAUUGCUCAUGUGUUGCCUAUAGCAACAGCAGUGAUUUCUACCACCAAGGGUCAGGGAGAAGGCUUGGCUGAAAAGAAAUGCAGUGGGAAGACAUCAAAAGGAAAAGUCCAUAGUAGCCUCAUUCUCAGAUUAAAAAAAAGGAACAAGCCUCAAAAGUCACUGAAGAAAAUUAUAUUUCUUUGCAGAUGCACUCCAAAUUACUUACACUUAAUGCAUUUUGAGUAUAGCAUACUCUCCCGUUAGAUGCAGAAGCUGCUUCUUGUUCCCUAAACAAGGAGCUAUUUUCACUUGGGGAGACCAUUUACUUCAAACAAACAGACCCUGGGUUCUGUUUUACAGUUUGUCCAUAGUUUCCUUUACCUCUAUGCUGCUCUCUCUCCUCCUAAUGUUAUUGUUGAAGCAGGAACAAGAAUGUGAUUAGACUUCUUGCCUAUGCAAGAACAGGAAGGUCACAUGUUAUCCUGCAUGGAAUUUGCUACCACAAGAUGUGGAAUGGCCACCAAUUUAGUUGGCUUUAAAAGCAGAUUAGACAAAUCCAGGGAGGAUAAAGCUAUCAGUGGCUAGUAGUCCUGAUUAUUAUAUGCUAAGUCCUGAUGGUUAUAUGCUGACUCCAGGAUCAGAGGCACCAUGCCUUUGAAUACUACUUUCUGGGGUUCAACAUUAGGAGAGGACUAUAGCCUUCAUGUCCUGCUUGUGGGCUUUCCAGAGGCAUCUGACUGGCCACUGUGAGAAACAGGAUGCUGGACUAGAUACGCAUUUGUUCUGAUCUAGAAGGGUUUUUCUCAUGAUGAUAAAUGCGCUUCCAUUCACUCCACCACUAUGUGAAGACAAUCCUCAAGCGGGCACAGCCCAUACAGUUCCAUAUAAUCAAUAUUAUUUGUGCUUCAGUUAUCAAGUGUUCACAUUUGACAAGCAUCUUUUAAAAUAUAGCUGUCUACCAUAUGCCCUAGCAUUCAAAUGCAUGACAGUUACAGGAGCUCAUACAACAGUAAAGGAAUACUAGAUUUCCUGAUUGUAGCACUUUCUCUGAAGUGAUAAUGUCAGAAGGUCUAGUUAAUCUUUUCCUGGUAAAUACUUCGUAGAAUAUUUACCAGAAAACAAACCUUGGGGAGCAUUUGUAUGCUUAAUAAGAAUGGGCAACGUCCAUUUUAUGAUGAAAUAUCACGUAGCUUUAUUUGGUCGUGUGGAGCUUUGUAUUAUUUUACAGCUACGGAAAAAUGCCCUUUUAUAAAUAUUUAAUUAGGUUCCCAGUAAACGGGUUCUACAGGAAAGCGAUAGAUAGCUAACUGUUUGCUGCUUCUAGAUACUGCUGUAAACUGCACAUGUUUUAUGUCUGAGACUACUUUAAAGUCUAUUUUGGGGGGCUUUACUUAAAAAUUAGACUGACUUAAAUACUGGAGGAUGCAUGAUGACAAUCCAUUAAGAAUGCUAGCUUUUAAUUAAGAGAUUUAAAAUAAGUCCUUUGUUUUUAAAAUACCAAAUGGGUAAUGGAAUGAUCCAAGUAGUAUGAAUCUUUUUCUUGUGUUAAAAAAACCCUCUACCGUUGCAUGAUGUUAGUUUCUCCAAUGCAUCUGAAAUAAAUAGGACACAAUUAUAAAACAAAAUGCAGUAAAAACUACACACAUCCAAAAAAAUGCAGCCCAGCCCUAUGUGUGUUAGUCAAAGUCCCACUCCUAAUGAAACCUUUCAUUAAACGUCUGUAGGAAUUGUAGAAGCAUUUUUAGUUCCAUUUAUUUUAGUCAGAAAUAAAUGCAUAUGUUUAAAUUGCUACAAUUAAUAAGACUGAAAAAAGCAAGUUUUGGGCCCAUACAUCAGCUAACUUAAGGUCUAAUUCUGUUGGAUAUCACAGGGUGAAAUCCGUUCUGUGUUAAUGAACAGAAAGGAUCUGUUGUCAGGAAUUAUUUAUUUUUGUAAAACUAUGUGGUGUUUGCAGGUAAAGUGAUAAAUGCACAACCUAUAUGGAAGCCACAUGCACUCCGCAGUUUAUUUGCCUCUGCCAACUUAAGAAGCUUGAUCUUAAGGAGGACAAUUUCUGUCCUGAAAAUACUUCUGACCAAAGGAUCAGUCUAAAACACAUUAAGUAAUUUGUCUAGCAUCCAUUCCAAACUAAAACAGAAAAUAAAGAAGAUUGGGUGUGGGGGAGUUCACUGUUGAGGUAGGAGCAGUGAAUGCCAAAUAGAGGUUAAAAGGAUGCUUUAAUCCUGUCACUUUCCUGACGCCUAAACAAACUAGGAGGGGGAAUCUUCCAGUUAAAUCUGCCAUUGCCUUUGUCAACCAGCAUAUGGGCGAGGGGGGGUUCAAUAUAUUCAUGUAGAAAGAUGAUACUAUGCAUCAUAAGCUGAGCAAGCCUUGUUUGCAAGUGAAGGAUCUGGUGCUGCUUUAAAUAUCUUUAAAUGUUCACACCUUGCUUUUGUAUGUUUUAUCUUUCUGUCACUGUCUUUAAAAUCCAGCUAGUAUGUUCAUAGACUUAUGUAUGAUGGUGCUUUGCAAGGAUGUAUUUAUUAUAAUGACCAACAUUUGGUCAGCCUGACUCACUCAUUCACUAACAUUUUUUUAAAAUUGUAAAAUAAAAAAUGCUUUACUAGCAGCUGUAUAUAAUCCUUGUACAAAGUUCCCCAUCCAUUUUUACAUUAUUGC